AUUGUCGCAUCAUUGAUUCAUUUGUUUAUUUUUGUUUUUGAAAAAUUUUCGAUCCAUAAAAUUCUAAAGAAUUGGAUUAAUCAUUUUAUAACGAAAACAUCAAUAAUAUAUAUCAAUCAAUAAUAUAUAAAAAGAAAAAUGGGCCGAAAAAAGAAGAAACCUUCAAAACCAUGGUGUUGGUAUUGUAAUCGUGAAUUUGAUGAUGAAAAAAUUCUGAUUCAACAUCAAAAAGCCAAACAUUUUAAAUGUCAUACUUGUCAUAAGAAAUUAUAUACCGGGCCCGGUUUGGCUAUUCAUUGUAUGCAAGUACAUAAAGAAACAAUCGAUAAAAUUCCAAAUGCAUUACCUAAUCGUAAUAAUGUUGAUAUCGAAAUUUAUGGUAUGGAAGGCAUACCUGAAGCUGAUCUUCGUCAACAUGAAAAAUCCAAAGGAAAUGGAGAAUAUGUAUCGUCAACGGAUUCUGUUCCGCCUAAACCUUCGAUAAUACCGAAAGUACCGAUACUUUCAGCACCAGUGACAGCCGGAACUGCUGUACUUCCGAUGCCGAUGCCAACAGCUGGUGCUUCUGGUGUACCUUAUCUACCCCCCGGUAUGGUACCACCGGGUGUAAUGCCAUACGCUGCUUCGGGUCAUCCUCAUCCACGAUUUCCUCAUCUAAUGCAUCCGGUUGGCAUGCCACCUGGGCCUCAUCAUCAUCCACCAUUACCACCAGGAUUUCCUAUUGGAGCUCAUCCACCACCACCACCACCGGGAAUUCCUCAUCAUCCGUUGAUGCAAAAUCCAACUCAACCACCACCAUCAAUGCCAUCAACUACAGUUGCUUUAGCGGUUUUGCCUCAACCACCACCACUACCAACACAGCCAACUACAUCGGCGGCUGAAAUACCGAAGCCUUUGUUUCCAUCUGUUUUGGUCACACAAUCACAACUUACGGCACCACCAUUAGCAACUUCAACGUCAACUACUGCUACAGGUACUACUUCGACAUCUACAACGGUGGUCAAUAAAAUAGUCACAACAACAGCCACAAGUCGGAUUAUACAUCCUGAAGAAGAUCUUUCAUUAGAAGAAUUACGGGCCAAAAUACCUCGUUAUCGACAUUUAAAUCUGGAACAAUAUUUCCAUUCACAAUCAACAUCAUUAUCAACUUCGUCAUCCACAUCGACUUCAACAACGACAUCACAACCAAUACCUAUACAAACACAGCCUUCAUAUCCGCAAACUUCAAUAGCUCCUCCUCAGAUACACCCAUCCAUAAAUGUUCAAUCUAUUCCCGCAAAUCCGUCAAUGUUAUAUCCACCACCACCACCAAUACCAACAUCAUUGGCUGGUGGUCUUCCUUCUCAACCUGUUCUACCACCACCGCCGCCACCACCAAUUCGUUAUCAAAUGCCGGUUCCACCACCACCACCUCUUCCAAUGGUACCAACAUCACAAUAUUUACCGCCACCCCCACCAUUACCAGCACCAACAUCACAAAAUUUUCAUCGAACAGCAUAUUGACAAGAUAAAAAAAACCUACGGAGGUGGAUGACUUCAGAUCUCAAUCUGAUUGAUUUAGAUGGAUGUUAUUUGUCAUCGUUUUUAAUUUUGAAAAAAAAUUUCGAUUUUUUUUUAUACAUUUCACAUUAAUGAUAAUUAUUCAUAUAUGUCCCAAGAAAUUUGAUUUCUAAGUUUAUAUAAUAUUAGCGUGAAAUAAAUUUUUUUUUAAUAAA